AUGUCUAUGUACGAUCUGAUGCUUGAGUCUGCACGCCAUUGCCAGCUAGACCGUGGAUCCCAAUCAAUAUCAUGGUCGAAGAAUGGCUUUAUAUGCUAUGCUUUUCCCGCUUCGCUGGGUCAUAAUUUGAACAUGACAUUUCUUGAGAAUACGAAUGGCGCAAAUUGGCUGUUGGCGGAUCCACAUAAAUUGACCAUAAAACCGCUGGAAAACAGUGCUCUACCAAAUAUACAGCUAGUACUGUGGAGUAAUAUUCUGACAGACUUGGCAAUUUUUGAUGAACAUGGAAACUUCUACGUUUUGUUAGCGGGCGUCGGGCUUCUCAGAAGCAAGAAUCAAAAAGACGAUCAAGUUACUGCCAAUUCAAGCUAUAAUAAUGGCACAUUAAACAAGGUCUCUACUGCAGGAUCCGCUUCCUCGAAUACGCAAGAUUGUGAAACUACGGAAGGGCCAUCAUAUGAACUUACUUCGUAUAAUCACGCGGAAAUGAUAUACCGCGACAUCGUGCAACCCAAUGUUGGAGCGGAAGGAGACUGGAGAUGUGUUGCUUUUGAAUGGCUAGGGAUUGAUAAACCACAAAUCAUUAAUAAACCGGCCAAAGCUACCGAAGAUAGAGCUACAUACACAUACGGCGUUCAUCUGUUCCAAUCGCCACUUUUGGCGCAUCCAAUCGUCACCAAGCAGGCAUGUGUGGCGCUUAGACGUAACGGAAUGUUCUCGCUCUUUCAUCAAGGCGAACACAAAGUUGAAUAUCAUAAAGUAUCCUUGAACUUAACUCCCAACGGUGGUGAGGAAGCGGUUAAAUAUACACAUGCAUCCAUUGGUUUCACACCCGACAAAAAAAUUUUGAUUACUGCGUACGAAGCCAUUACCGAAAAAAUCCUCACUUUUUUGGUGUCUGUUGACUGGGGCUUUCUCAAAGAGUCAGCAGUUAGACAAAAGUCCGACCCCCAAUAUUACACACCGAAAGACAAAAAAAAUCCUCCCCAGAUACAUGCGAGUCUUCUACAUGAAAUGUCUCCGUUGCCAUCAAUACAAGCGGAGAUGGAAACCCAGGGCAAAAAUACUCAAUUUGAGCAAUGCCGUCUCUCUCUGAUUGACGUAAUUUCCCCCUACCACCUGCCGGACUCGUCUUUGGAUAUUUUAUUAAGCUACGACGUUAUUGCAGCUGAUAAUUCCAUAUAUUCGACCAUACACAGAUUUCAAGUGAAAGAGGCAGAUCAGCUUCUAAGCAUAUCUUUUUCUUCAAUGACUGGCACAGAGUCAAAUUCCAAGCGAAGAGUAUCAACUUUGGCAUUUCAAGACAGAUACAGCCUUCCGUACAAGUUGAAGGCAAUUUGCACUGCAGUUUCAGGCUCAAUUAUGUUAUUUGUUGGGGAAGACAGUACAAUUACCCCUAUAAAUCGAGAAAAUUGGUCAUUACUCGAACUGGAGAUCUCAGGCGUAAAGUUGGAGAAUCAAGAGCAUAAUAAACCAGUACUCAUUAAUUCUCUUCUCGAUUGUGGCUUCGUGAUCCCUCGGCUUCAGAAUGACUGUGCUCCUUUUGUGUUCGCCGUCUCGCCUAACUUGACUGGUAUUGUUCACCUCACAAUUGGAUCAGGAGAGCCAGCAGUCUUUACUACUUUAGAACGCCGGUCCAAUGCGUUGGACAAAAAAGCAAUCUGUCUGGCUUUCUCACAUACGCAUGCACAAGCGUGCUACUCGAACACUUCAUCCGACGACUUGAUGGCUCUCAUUCUGAAAGAGUACGAAAGUUUAGCAGAUUGUCAGGCAAGACAGGAGUUAAUUCAUGACAUUAUUGUCGAAUCACAUUCUGCAAUUAACUUCCAACUUAACUCAUUUAACAAAGAAUCGGUUGAUAAGCUUUUAUCAAACCCCCCACUUCAGAAAUUACUUUCUUUACAGUUGACAAUGAGCGAUUUGAGCAAAAAAAAAGUGACUGGUGAUAUAGCAUGGAUAAUUUUGGGGCUUCGCUCUACGAGCUUUGGUAUAAUGUUUUCCUUAUCUUCAAUUUAUCGACAGAUGUCAAAGAAGAAACCUGUGGAGGACAACAUGGAUGAUUCGAUAAACAGAGCUGAAUGUAUCAUUCUGUUGGUAGGUAGUGUGAAGUGGUUCAUUGAUUUGCUUAUUUAUUUGAACCAGGAACUUUUGCAGCUUGCCUUCUCAAAGAAUAAUCCUCAACAAUCGCUCAUUACCAUUGAGAACUCAGUAGCUUUGCCUAUCUUGAUGAGUAAGGUUCCAAGGCUUUUCCUCAUGUAUGCUAUCACAUCAAUCGGUAAAACGCACGAGAUUUUGAAAAAACUACACAAAGACUUAAGUGAAAGCAAUAAAUUGUUCACGCCUAUGAAGGAGGCCCUUGAACGCUUUUUCAACACGUCAAAUUACCUGCCACUAAAGCUCAGUAACUUUGAAGCUUUUUUAAGAGAAUGCGACGACUACAUUUCAAAAGAGCAUACUUCGAAAGGAAUUGAUCGGGCAGCAUUAUUGCAUUUCGAGCAACAGUUAUUUUGUGAUGGAAAAAUUCCACAUGAGAUGCUUUCCAUCGCACAUACAAUCAUAGAUCGAUUUUUUGCCAAUAAUAGUCGUGAUCCUAGACUAUCAUCACUCUUUUUUUAUGAUACUCGCUGGCUCGAAGUGGGGCCGACUAACAUAGGAGUGAAGGUCAGGGCCAGAGGUCCGAGGAAAAAUUUUGAGCCCACACAUGUCCGUCUCCAAUAUUCUGAGACAGAGGCUAUUGAUGCUUUGAGGAAGGUGUUCAUUUCAUGUAAUACACCAAUUGAAUCAGGAGGGACUUCACUUAUGGGUCAAUACUUCAACUCCACCUAUAGGUUGAAGAAGUGUGUGCGAUGUCGCUCUGUGUCUUUAGUUUCAGAUCCUUUGGUUUUUGAAUCACCAAGGACAAUUGGAUUGUGGACAAUGGUUUUUCAAAGAAAUUGUGUGUGUGGAAGCGCUUGGGUCAAUUGUUCUACAUGAUUCCACUUAAUUGAUGAU